AUGCUCUCCCUUCCGCCAUCUCUUACCGUUCCGCCAUGGCCCUUCUUUCCUCCGACAGCCGCGACACCGCGCAAGGAGCGGGCGCGGCAUGGCGCCACGGAGGAUCUGAUUCUGCGCAGCGUCGUGCGGCCGAUGCAGGCCAUCGCGGAGAACAGGAAGGUGGCAGCGGAGGCACACAUGGAGCGCAGUGAGAGCAGGGAAGCGGGCCUGUGUGCGGCUGUUGUACACCUGCAGGCACAGCGGCUGUACAUCGGCGUGAAGAGUACGGAACAAGUAACCCUCUCUCCCUCCCCUACUCUCCCCUUCCCUUCCACCCUUUCUCUCCCCUACUCUCCCCCUUCCCUUCCACCCUUUCCCUCCCCUACUCUCCCCUUCCCUUCCACCCUUUCCCUCCCCUACUCUCCCCUUCCCUUCCACCCUUUCCCUCCCCUACUCUCCCCUUCCCUUCCACCCUUUCCCUCCCCUACUCUCCCCUUCCCUUCCACCCUUUCCCUCCCUACUCUCCCCUUCCCUCCACCCUACUCCCUUCCCUUCCACCUUCCCCCUACUCUCCCUUCCCUUCCACCCUCUCCCUCCCCUACUCCUCUCUCAUCCACCCUCUCCCUCUCCCCUCCUGUGCUCCCUGAUUUCUACGAAUCGCCUCUCCUUCCAGGAAGCUUCUGUGGGGCGGGGAUUCAUCGGUGGUGCAUUACUUUGCAAGACGAGCAUUUGGCAGACGAGGAGGAGGAGGAGGAGGGUGCAGCGGAGCUGAAGCGAAGCAUCAGUGCGGGGAAUGAGCUGAGGAACCGACGAUAUAGACCCGGCAUGUACAGCAGCAGCGGUAUCAGUGGCGGCGGCAGCGGUGGGAGAAGCGCGGAAAGAAGCCCGACAGAAGGAGCAAGGGGAGGGGGAGGGGGAGGGGGUGGGGGAGGGGGUGGUGGGGUGGUGGGUCUUGUGCGGGCGGGAAGCUAUGGGCGGCAUAUAAGGAGUAGGAGCAUAGGAGGCAUGUUUCCCAUCAGCGGCAGCACAGGCAGCCCAGGGAAUAGCAGCGGCGGUGUUGCUGCUGGUGCUGGUGUUGCUGGUGGUGGGGGGAGUGGUGGGAGUGGCAGUGGUGGUGGUGGUAGUGGGGGUAUGAGGCGUGUAUUUCAGAGGAGAACACGCAAGCAGAGCAACAGCUUUUCCGAGUCUGAAGAUGAAACCCCACUUGUCCGGACCAGCACCGGAGGCUCGGAGACGCACCGCUCACCCUACCACCUCAACAUCCUAGGUCCGGGAAAGCGGGCAGUUUCGGUUUCAGGCUCGACAACCGGACCUGCCGAAGAUCCAGAUGAUCCAAUCCACGCCAGGGGUACCAAGCCUCCUCCCAGACCUCCCCGAGGCUCGGGACGAGGAUCGGAAAUGGAGGACGGGGAGUAUGACGGGGAGGACGGGGAGCACACGCCUCCCCGGCCUGUCCUACGCUCCCGAACCUCCCCUUCCGGACGGUUAUGGGGGGCAGGCGAGCUGGAUGGAGCCACAGCAGCAACAGCAGCAUCGGCAGCAGCAGGCAGAACCCCAUCUUCUGGUGCUGGCAGUGCUGGUGGUGCUGGCAGUGGUGGUGGUGCUGGCAGUGCCAGUAACGCUGCCAUUGGUGGCAGUGGUGGCAGCUACAGCGGCGGUGAUAAUUAUGGUGGUGAUUAUAACGAUGAGCCAAGGCCUGGGACGCCCCGGGGAGAGACUGAGAAAGAGGCUCGGUUGCUGGGAGCGUCUAGGGAGUGGGGGGUUCAGAUUUCACCUGGUGGGGGGGAUGGCGGGGGUGUGGGUGCAUGUGAUGGUGUGGGUGGGGGGGCUGAUGGUGGGGGUUAUAAUGGUGGGGGUUAUAAUGGUGGGCAGUGGCGCUACACUUCUCAUCUUGCUUCCCCUACUUCCGCCGGCCUCCCUCCCAUCCCAUCACCCUCCUCUACCGCCACCUCGCGGCCCAACAUUGCGGAUCAAGUGGUGGCACUGGCAGGGCAGUGGGAGGUGCUUGCACAGAUGGGGGGGGCGAGGCAGGGGGGAGAGGGGGCAGGGGGAGCAGCAGGGGGAGCAGCAGCGGGGGCAGGUACUGCUGGGGGAGGUGGGGCUGUUAGACCGGCUCAGGCGACUGAUCUGUCCUCCCGCCCCCGGCGCACUGGACAGCAGGGGCAGGGAAAGGGGCAGGCGGAAAAGGAGGAGGGGGAAGCGGAGGGGGAGGGGGAGGGGGAGGGGGAGGGGGGAGGUAGCAGGACUCCCCCCUUGCCUCCGGAAGGGACGGCAGCCGGAGGGAAAGGAGGAGGAAGCUUCCGAAAGGGAAUGCUGCGAAGGAAGGGGAGCGGGCAGUGGGGGGAGGGCCUUGGCGGAUGGAUGGGCGGAGCGGGAGGUGGGGGAGGAGGAAGAAGAGGAGUCGAUGGGGGAUUCGGGGCGGAGAGAGCUAACGGGGAUGAUGGAGAAGAGGAGCAAGGCAACAGCAUGGAAGGAGGGGCGCCCUUGCGCCGUGCUCUCUCCUCCACCUCCCCGGGCCUCUCCUCCUACCCCAUGGAUGCCCAUGCAGGGUUCGCUUCGGGCUUGCUCACUGCUUUCCCCGCCACUGGCUCGCCGGACCUGCCAGGCUCGGCGCCCGGACGUCGCGGUGCUGGUGAGGCUCGGCACAGGCUGCCCAAGAUGCCGUCCAGCAAUGGCCGGCUCGGCGAGGAGGGCCGGCCGGGGCUGCUGGAGGGCGAAGAUGCCAGCAACCCGCACUCCUCCAGCAGCUCCGACCUCUAUCCCCGCAGCAGCAGCGCCAACGCUCCUCCCACUUCCAACCCCAGCCAGAGCAACAGCAAGAGCAGCAGCCGCACCUACAGCCGCAACGUCACGGCUUCGGCCAGCGCCGGCAGCGGCAUCGGCGGCGGCAGCGGCAGCGGCAGUGGCAGCGGUGGCGGCAGUGGCGAUCCGGGCAGCAGCAUGCUACGAAGUGCACUGGCAGCUGAGGGCGACCUGAGUGACCUGAGCGAUUUCACUGAUUUCACUCAUGUGCUGCCGGGUCUGCCUGGCGUCUCAGGCCGUGCUAGUGGCAUGGGCAUGGGGCGUGCUGCUGCUGCUGCUGUUGUGGUCAGAUCUAGACGAGGGAGUGGGGGAGCUGGGUAUGAUGCAGAGGUCUGGGAGGAUGGGGAGGAAGAUGAAGAGGAGGGGGAGGAGAGGGACGAUGGAGAAAGGGGCAGGAGUGGGCAGGCUCCUGGCCUACCGCUGCUGUGGGCAACCAUGGAAGCGGCUCUUCCACCUCCUCCUCUGACCCCACCGAGUCUCGGUGGUGAUGGUGCUGAUGGUGAUGACCCCAUAGCAGGAAGCAUGGGAGACGGCAAUGCAGACCCCAACGGCAACAAUGGUGGAGAGGUGAGGACGCGGGAACCUGCUCUCCCACCCACCUCCUCCACCACGGGGUUCGUUCCCAAGGUCAUGGAGCGCGCCCGCCUUAAUGGCUUCCUCCAUUCCCCAUCCAACCCCACCUCCCUUCCCUCCCCUCCCCCCCCUCCCUUCCCUUCCUCCCCUCCCCUCCCCUCCCCUCCCUCCCUCCCCUCCCCUCCCGUCUCCUCCCCUCCCCUCCCCUCCCCUCCCCUUCCCUCCCCUCCUCCUCCCCUCCCCUCCCCUCCCCUCCCCUCCCCUCCCCUCCCCUCCCCUCCCCUCCCCUCCCCUCCCCCCAUCCAACCUCACCGCCCUUCCAACCCCGUCCUCCCCCACAGCCUGUUGCAGACCCCAACGACGAUGCAGGAAGCUGCUCCUCCACCUCUUCAUUCGACUCCACGGAAUUGCCGCCGCUUCUCCCUUCCCCAACUCCUCGAAUGCACCGAUGGCUUUUCCGACGGGAACCUUCUGGGAAGGGGUGCGUACGGUCCGGUAUACCGAGGCCAGCUGUUCGGGUGCCUGGUGGCAAUCAAGAAACUGGAACAGGGCAGCGACCAAGGUCCGGCGGAAUUCCGAACCGAAGUGGAGGUUCUGAGCAAGGUUCGGCACCCACACAUUGUGCUCUUAAUGGGUCACUGCCCGGAAGAAGCUUGUAUCGUGUACGAAUUCCUCCAGGGCGGGAAUCUCCAGGAGAGGAUCGUCCGGGCGGGGGACAACCCUCCGCCGCCCCUCCCCUGGCACGAUCGAAUCAGAAUCAUAUCGGAGAUCUCCGGCGCGCUGCUCUACAUGCACCGGCAUGACCCGCCGAUUCUCCACCGGGACUUAAAGCCCGACAACAUUCUCCUAGACGCCAACUCCAUCUCGAAAAUCGCCGACGUGGGCCUCGCUCGGCUGAUCCCCAACGAGGUCUCGGCAGUUACCUGGAAGGUGCGGGGCACAGCCGGGUACAUCGACCCAGAGGAGCUUCAAACGGGAGAGCUGUCGGUGAAAUCGGAUAUCUACGCGUUUGGUCUGAUCGCGCUGCAGCUGCUGACAGGGCUGAAGAAUGUGAAGCUGGUACACGGGCUGCUGGCGGCGUGCGGCACGGGCACGAGAAACACCGAGGAGGCGACAGAUUUGAUUGUGAAGAGCCUGGAUCGGUCGGCUGGGAAGUGGCCGGAGAGGCUAGUGAGGCGGGCGACGAGGGUGCUGGUGCGGUGUAUUGAGAGAAGGAGAGUGAAUAGGCCGGAUCUGGGAGGGGAGAUUCACCCGCUGCUGGGGGAGAUUGCAGAGGAGGCGAUGGAGGAGAAGAACAGGCGGGCUAAGGAGCUUGACGGGCGGUUUGUGUGCCCUCUGUCUCAUGUAGGUGUUGCUUUCUUGCUCUCCCCCUCUUUCUCGCUCUCUCCCUCUUUCUCGCUCUCUCCCUCUCGCUUCUCCUCUCUCCUCUUCUCGCUCUCUCCCUCUUUCUCGCUCUCUCCCUCUUUCACGCUCUCUUCACCCAUGUAG